UGUUCAGUUAACAGCCCACCGUGAAGGCUUUUGUCUUGGUGACAGUCAAUACGCGACAAUACAUUGGGUGACGCAAUGACCUACAUACCGCUUUUAGGAUGGCAGUUGCACAAUUAGGCGGCUUCUACGCAGUUGCAGCAGUUACCUGAGUAUGCCUGCUUUACGCUGUAUGCACCGCACUUGGGCUGACGACACUGACAUACGAAUAACCGAAUAUAACCAUCAAUAACGUUUGUGAUUAUCAGGUGUGAGGACUUACCUGUGAUGCAAUCGGAUGACGCUUAUUGGACUUCAUCAGUCGGACGACAGUGAGUAAUGGAAGGAAAUCCUGACGCAAGUGACCAUCAGAUGACCGGAAGGCUUACUGAGGAAGCAGCUGAAGUCCUGAGAAGGAAUGAACAAGGGAGACAACCAGCCUCUAUAUUAGCCACACAGCACAACUACAGUGGUCCAGUGUCUCAGGUGGACUUGACCAAUGCGUCCAAUGUCUCUGUCUCCGUUGGGGAGCAAGGAACUAGAAUGUCUGUCACAAGAACGUUUCUGUCACAAGGUGGAACACCUAAAGAAGUAUUUUGUGAACAUCCAUGCCCUCCAGACAGCUAAACAACUCCUUGAGAAGUAUGGUCAUGCCAGCAUCUGUGGAGCUCCAGGAGAUGGGAAGACCAGCAUUGCUCUGAUGAUCUGUGAGGAAUAUCAGCAACAGGGAUACGAAACAGUGUUUGUGGAAGACAUUCAACUCUUUGAUGUUGAUACAAUUUCUAAACGACAAUCACACAUGUUGGUUGUUUUUGACGAUAUAUUUGGCUCUGUUACAUUCAGUUUAAAUUUGGAAAAAAUACAUAAACUGUUUAGGGCUUUGGUUGAUGAUCGUGCUAAAACUGCUGCAGAUGCUGAGGUUUCAAAGAAGAAGAAGGAUGAAGAAGGGAAAGACAAAUCCAAAGAAGAACCCCCUGUUUACAAACUAAAACUUUUGUUCACAUCUAGGACAUACAACUGGAAAGAAGGAUGUUCCAGACUACGUCAGUACAAAGUGGAUCUACUUAGAGCAGAAGCUGUUCUUGAUAUGGCUAAAGACUGUCUGACGACUGAAGAAAAGAAACGUGUGUUAUGUUCUUACAAGUCCAAACAUCCUGCAUGCGAUAUCUCUGAAAAGGAUAUGUGUAUCAUCACAGAUUCAAAACACAACAUAUUUGGAUUCCCUCUUAUCAGCAGACUGUUUUUCACCAAUGCUGUUUUCCAGUUGCACAAGCUGGAAUUCUUCAACCAUCCACUGACCUACCUGAGAAGCGACCUUGACACUAUUGUCCGUGAAGAAAGCAAUAGAUCGGCAGCAAUCAUCAUCCUCAUCCUGUCUGAUGGAAAACUGAACCUUGUUUCUUUGCAGUCACGGAAAGCUGGACAUGUGAUGUUUGACGCUGUCAAGGAUGUAGUUCCUUUUUGUACAAGGACAGGCAUUGUCAAGGAGAUCAACAACUUUACUGGGAUCUACUGUACAAUCGAGGAUCACAUAGCAUUUUUCUCCCACCCCUCCAUAUACGAUGCUGCAGCCUGUGCUGUAGGAUGUCUCAAUAUCGUGUUGCUGCUGGAACACUGCUCACUGAAGUUCUUGUAUGAACGAGUGAGACUAAGUAUUAGUCUACAGUCAUCAGACAUUGAUGAUGUCACAAACCUGAUCUCCAUCACGCCCCAACUACACCCAGUGGUAGUGAACAGACUGGUGGAAGGUAUUCGACAAGGGUGCUUCAUCUGGACAGUAAAACACCCCGUUCUCCAGGAUGAAAGGAUUGCCUCUCUACUAUGGACAGAGAUUAAUGAUAAUAUUGGUGAGACUGUCCUGCGAAGGGAUAUAGAAACUGGUGAAAGCUUUUUGUAUUUGGCUUCCCUAUCUUACAGUUACUUUCUAUUCUCCAAGUCUUUAGAAGUUGCUGUAAGACUGGGUGACACAGCACCUGAUCUAUAUACAUGUGUGGUAGCCUGUAUUACCCAUGACAAACUGGAAUAUUUGGAACACCUCGUUACAGUGAUGUGUAAACGUGGAGGAUUUGAUGUUGAAUAUGCCAUCGACGGGACAACCCUCCUGCUCAUUGCUGCGAAGUCCCGAAAUCAUAAGGUGUUCAACUUUCUCAUACGGAAAGGUGCUGAUAUUUCAGUGACGGACAGGAAAGGAAACACCUGUUUGCAUUAUGCGUGUGAAUCAGGAAGCAUGGCGUUGACAACAAAGGUGGUUGAAACAUGGCCUGCCUUGAUUAAUUUGAUGGGUUAUGAGAAUUUAACGCCUGCAGUGAUUUGUACCAAAAGAGGUCGCCUUGAUAUUCUAAAGUUCCUAAAACAAAAAGGAGCCGAUUUAACAGUAACAGGUGGGAAAGACUGUUUGCAUUUUUCGAGUGAAAAUGGUAAUCUUUCAACUGUGAACUUCUUAAUUUCACUGAAGCUAUUCGAUGUGAACAAGAAGGAAACAUCAUUGAGUCGAACAGCAGUUAUGUUUGCCGCAAAAGGAGGGCAUGAAGAUGUUUAUCUUCGUCUGCUGUCUGAGGGCGCUGAUCUGACCAUAACUGACGGGCAUAAUAAAGACUGCCUGAUGCUGGCAUGUGAAGGUGGUAACAUAUCUAUUGUGAAACACAUCAUAUCCAUGAAAACAUGUGACAUCAACAGACGAGGAGGGUCCUCAGGAAAAACACCAAUUAUGACAGCAUUAGUAAGAGGACACUAUAAUGUGUAUCAUCUCCUUGUAUCUGAGGGUGCUGAUCUCACCAUUACUGACACAAGCAACAGAGACUGCCUGAUGUUGGCAUGUGAAGGAGGUAUCAUAUCUAUUGUGAAACACAUCCUAUCCAUGAAAACAUGUGACAUCAACAGACGAGGAGGAAUCGCAGAAAAAACACCAAUUAUGAUGGCAUUAGAGAGAGGACACUUUAAUGUGUAUCAUCUCCUUGUAUCUGAGGGUGCUGAUCUGACCAUUAUUGAUAGACAACAGAGACUGCCUGAUGUUGGCAUGUGA